GUAUGUGUGUGUGUGUGCGUAUGUGUGUGUCACUUCCGAGUGUUUGAAUCUCCGCAAAACACUCCCUCUUUAAGCGUACAUUCCCUAUUCGGCGGGGCUCGCGCGCAGCUCGCGCCCUCUCUCCACCUGCGCGUUACUUUCUCACCUUUACUGACGCGACCUGAAGUUUUACCAGAUGUCUUUUUUCACGUGAAACGUUUUUUUUUUUUUUUUGCUUCUUUUCACGGACCUGCGUGUGUGUUUGCGCGCGCGCACUCCCAGGUGCAGUUCGGGCGCGGCCUCAGCGCAGGAAGCGAAGUGUCGCGAGCGUGGUCGUGCCAUGGCCGUGAACGAGAGGGCCGCGCGAGCUCUGCGAGACAUCAUCAAGCGGCAAGGCAACGGAACCUGCGCGGACUGCGGCGCUCCCGACCCAGAAUGGGGAUCCUGUUCUUUGGGAGUGUUUAUUUGCCUCAUUUGUUCCGGCAUCCACCGGAACAUUCCCGACAUCGGAAAGGUCAAAUCUGUCCUACUGUCCCACUGGGAGGACUCGGAAGUUCAGUUCAUGGCGGAGAAUGGAAACGAGGCGUCCAAAAGUAAAUUCGAGGCUUAUGUGCCAGUGUACUACUACAAACCCACUCACAAAGACUGCCAAGUCCUGAAAGAGCAGUGGAUCAGAGCUAAGUACGAGCGGCAGGAAUUUACUCAAGACAGGAAUCCGCUGGUUUAUGAGAAGGGGACCAGAGACGGAGUGCUAAUGAAGAGAGGGCGAGACAAUGGGCAGUUCCUCAGCAGACGAUUCGUCCUGUCUGAAAGAGAGGGGACACUUAAGUACUACACAAAGUUUGAUGCCAAAGAACCUAAAGCUGUAAUAAAGGUGGACACCAUCAAUGCCUCGUUCCAGCCAGAGAAGAUCGGCAACCCUAACGGCCUCCAGAUCACUUACCUUAAAGACUACAACACGCGUAAUAUCUUCCUCUAUCACGAAAACAGCAAGGAAAUAGUGGACUGGUUUAACUCGAUUCGAGCCGUCCAGCUACACUACCUGAAAGUAGCUUUCCCCGGGGCUUCCGAGCUUGAAUUAAAACCCAAACUGACACGAAACUUCCUGAAAGAGGGCUACAUGGAGAAGACAGGACCAAGGCAAACAGAGGGUUUUAAGAAGCGCUGGUUCACCCUGGACCACAGGAGAUUAAUGUACUUCAAGGAUCCUCUGGAUGCAUUUGCUAAAGGUGAGGUGUUCCUGGGUCACAGAGAUCUGGGUUACAGCGCCAGUCCCGGCUUACCGGCCAGCACCCAAAGCAACGGUGCCUGGCAGCAUGGCAUCACCAUAGUGACGCCCGAUCGCAGUUUUCUGUUCACCUGUGAGACAGAGGUGGAACAGCUGGAUUGGCUGAAGCACUUUAAUCACGUCAUCAGCCUGCAGAUGUCGCCUCAGGAGUACAGCAUGGAGGCCCUCUUCAAGCAUAAACACUGACGGAUUCACGCACUUUUCCCGACCCCAGCCUGACUCAUCACCUCUUGACUUAAAUAAUUGAACACUACUUGUUUAUUUUUAUACAUGGGAGUACUUGAGUACUUUUAGAGCUAGUGUGUUUACUGUAAUUACCAAGCCAAGCGGCCAAGGAGAUCAAUAUCCAUCUCAGUAACGGUCACUUUAAAAGUGUUUUUGUUUCUGUAUUGUGCAUUUGUUUGGACAUGACAUUGUAUUGUGUUGGGGUGCCUUAAUAGUUAUUAUUACUAAUCUAAUCUAAUCUACCAAACUAUUGAUGUGGAAUAUUGGUCCAUGUUCUAGUUUAAAUUGCAUUUGUUUUGUCCUGAGGUGCCCUCUACUGGUGAGGUUAUGCCAUGUAAGUUGAGCUUUUAAAGGAAAAAUCCACCAUGCAUGACCUGGUCAAUAUCAAUAUUUAUAAUUAACAUGGUCAGCAAAAAAAAAUUUUUGUAUUGAAAUUCUGAGUUCAUGUGUUUGGUUCAAAAUUUGAAAAAUUAUAUUUUUUGGUUAAUGGUUUCCUACAUUACCCACAAUACAGUUCAACUCCCUGCUUAUAGCGACGCCAUUGGGAAUUCAUCUCCAAAAGACAGUGAUGCAGCAGUGCUUUAAGGUCUCAGUGAAGAUGAAACCACCUUAGAAAGCUUACAGGCUCGCAUACUCUCUGCAGUUUUGUUUUUUUUUUGCUGUAGCGUGCAAGAGCUCCAGUACUGCAGGUGGCGUUAUAAAAAUGUAAUGAUAAUUUCCACAAUUUAUGGAAGAACAAUUGCCGCUCCUUAAUCUCAUCCAGAUUGAUAUAAUUUGGCUUGGUCAGACCUCAUUUAUGACAACCAAUCACAGGCUUGGCCGUGUAGCUUGUUCCUCAGCAGAGUUAACCUAGCUACCAUGUGCACAACACAAGUGACUUAGGUCAUGUUGUUUGUGGAAACCAAACAAACAUCAUCUCUGCAUGAAGCAUGCGCCCAUUAAACACCAUUGUAACUGCGCUAGUAAUGUCCACUUCACUCACAAGCAAUGUCCUUUUCACUCACGUGAAUAAGAAAAAUACAGCACCACAUAACAAAUUAGCACCAGAAUCACUACAGACAUCUCAAAAUAUUUCAAUACAAACAUAGUUAAUGUCUUUCAGUGUGGACUUUUCCUUUAAUUGUGCUUCCUUCAGGCGUAAGCAUUUUGCCAAAUGCCAAAUUUAUGACACGCAUUGUAAUUAGUUCUUGUUACUUUUUGAACAUAACAAUUUAUAAUUUACUUUUGUAUAAAAGUAACUUUAUGCAAGAUGUUUAAUAUGGAAAGAUACAACUGGAAUCUAAAUCCUUGCAAUAAAUAUACUGAUCAGCAA